UCCAAAACGGAAAAUGUCCUUUAAGACAACCUCAUCAAAAGGAAUCCUAAACGCCAGCUCACAGAAUUGAAUGACGUACUCUUCAAUAGAUGAACUACCUUGUCGCAGAUCGAGCAGCUGGUCGAAUGGAUCCAUACCUGGCCAGGGUUCCUUGGAAAAGCCGAUGGAUCCUUGUGUGGCCGAGUAUUCUGUAACGGGGCUGACGAGACGUGAGACAUGUGGAUCCAUGUGCAAGCUUUUAUUGGCAAGAGACGUGGUCAUAACAGGCAGGGUCAAACAAUGGCAAACAGGUAUGGCAGGGACAAGACAAAGAGUAAUCCUAGAGCAAGCAAAGGUCGGUCGACAGCGAACAGUAUCCGAAGGGGCCAGGCAGAGAGAUAAUCCAGGGAACACGGGCUAGAAUCCAAAGGGGGUGCAAACAGUGUCCGAACAGAUAGACAGGGGUAAAUACAGGGAACACAGACUAGAAAAUAACAAACGUUCCGUAAAGCAGCUGACACUAGGGGAGUGGAAAAACGCAGGACAAUACAGGAACAGAACAGAAACACGGAAUGACACAGAAAGGGUUAAUCCAGGAAACACAGGCUCUGUAAAGUUGUUACAGCUUGGGGAGCGGUAAACGCAUUCAAUACUCGGCAGAGAGGCAGAGAAAGUCCAAGGCUUAUAAAGCGUGUGUGAUCAGUAUGUGCGUGGGAUCAGGUGUGUGUGUGAUUAGUGCAAUGAGUGAUUGGUGACAGCUGUGAUCAGUGUUGGAUGAUGGGAAAUGGAGUCCAUGUGGUGUGUGGUGUGAAAGUCCAUGUGGUGAGCGAGUGACCUCUGGUGGUGAAUGGACGGAAGUGCAGACCAGAUUCGUGACAAUGAGACUCUCUUUAUAAGAGACGGUUCAGUUCAUGUCAAGACCUGGAUGAUCAGUCCUCAUCAUGGAUCUGAACGUUAGCUGCUGUUGGAAAGGGCUUCUUCUGUUCUCUCUCCUUCUUGUCUGUGUCAAUGGACAAACAUCAGGGCCAUCUUUCACAGUAACAUUUCCUGCAGUGAUCGAGUCGAGAUCUGAAGCUAAACUGUGUGCAAGUCUUCUCAAGCCCAAUGAAAGCCUUGUCAUGAACAUUUAUGUGGUUCAUGGUAACCAGAGCACUUUACUGCUGCAGGAGAAAGCUGAGGAAGAGUUUCACCGCUGCUUUAACUUCAAGGCUCCUGUGGUAAAAGCAGAAUCUGUGCAGAAAAUGAAGGUAGAACUUCAAGGAGAGUCUUUCAAGAUGACUGAAGAGAGAAAAGUCAUGUUCAGAUCUUACCAUCCUCUGACCUUUAUCCAGACUGAUAAACCCAUCUAUACUCCAGGACAGACAGUGAAUUUUAGAGUUGUUACCAUGGAUAAAAUCUUUUCACCGCUUGAUCAGCAGUACAGUACAGUGGUGCUUGAGUGGAAGAGCAGAGGUCAUGUGGCUGCAUUUGGAUGGAGAAGGAACUGAACGAUAUGAUGGUCUACAGGAAAGCACUAACAUGGUCAUCGUGGAUAUCAAACUCUUAUCUGGAUUCACAGCUGAUACGGCAACGGUGCAUUUGAGUGUUUCAUCACAAACUUGUACAGUUUCUAGAGGUCAGUAAUUUGAGAAUAACCAGCACUUUUUUCACACAGCUUGAAACUUCUUCUGGAACGUAUGCAUCACUUGUGGAGCGGGUCGAUGCUAAAGAUGAUCAUGUCAUUGUGUAUUUGAAAGAGGUUCAAAAGUACAUGCUCUUCCACCAAACACUAUAUAUUAAAAAGAUCUUCUCAGUUAAAAACCUUAAGCCAGCAGUUGUAAAAGUCUAUGAUUAUUACCAGACAAGUGAGCGGUCUGAAGCAGAAUACUCUAAUCACUGCCUGAGGAGUGAUGCCGCAGAAUAAACAACACAUCUUCACACAAAUUCAGUAUAUAUCUCUGCACAGUUAUAUUAGCAUAAAUAAUAAUACAGCUGAAAGCUUUAAUUUUCUUAUUGUCAUUAUGGGUUGCCAUUUAUUUCAUACAUGUUUUGGUCUCUUUAUUUGUGUUUUAUCAUUUUAAAGCACAUUAAGAUUGAGAUGUAAUCUUUUGCUCAUAUAGGCUUUAUUAUAUUUGAGAAAUAUGCUUGUUAGUUGUUAACAUGCACUAACACUCUAUCUUUAUACCAAAUAUAAAUGCUUUGACAGUGUUUGGGGAGUAACUAGUUACAUGUAAUGGAAAUACGUAAUUUAAUUAGAAAUUAAAAGUAAUUGUAAUUAGUUAGAAUUACUAAGAAAAAAUGUGUAAUUAAAUUACAGUUACUUGUUAAGGAUUGUUAAGGAUUACAAAGGGGGUUACAUCAGAUUUUU